AUGUCUCCUGUUCUUCAUCCAGAGGAAAUAAAUUUCUGUCGGUUUAUGUUUCUAAUUCUAAGAAGAACGCCAAUAACAGUGAGAACGUACUUUGAUUCCCGUCACCCACCGUUACAGUUAAUGACAGACCUCGCAGUAAAUAAAGACACCCUUUCAGCUCUAAAGGGGAGAAUCAUAUCUGCUCAGCAAUGGAAGACACUGUUUCCGUCUUCAGGAUAUGUAAACUCAAGGCAAUUUGACGUCACAUUGCUGAUCCUCCUUCUACGGUAUAUGACGAAUGUCCCUGCUCCUGCAACGGGUUUUGACAAGUUGCCUCCACAAACAGACGAUAGUGUUGGAGCAGACCUUGCCAGAAUAAAGCAUUAUAGAAAUAUUGUAGCUCAUUCAAACAAUGCCAAACUUUCAGAAACAGAUUUAAAUGACUACUGGGCAGAUAUUGAAAGUGCCAUUGAAAGAUUAGGAGGAAAAGCACAACUUCUAGAGACAAAGACAUUAAAGACCUCUCUAAUUGAGGAAAAAGACAGAGAGAUUAUGGUAGAAAUAAGACAAUUGGGAGCUCAGUUGCAAGAAACCAUUCCUCAAAAUAUCAAAGAACAAAUACAAGAUCUUUUAGAUUUUUGGACAGAAGAGGACGCUAAAUUUCAUGAAACUCGAGCUUCCACUGAAGUUUAUAAUUUAACGCAAUCCCAAAAAUGUGUAUCUGUUGUUGGAAACUCUGGAGCUGGAAAGUCUGCUAUUGUGCACCAUGUUGCAUUAAACAUGCAAAACAAAGGGUAUUGCGUUGUGCCCAUUAAAGUUCCAAAUGAGAUACUUCAGUAUUUCAAUGAGAACGUGGACCAGAUCUUUGUCAUAGAUGAUCCUUGUGGCGAGCGGAGCAUCGAUUUCUAUUCAGCAAAAGAAUGGAAACGAUAUGAAGAUGAUAUAAUGCGUUGUUUAUCAAAAACCGCCAACACGCGUUUAUUGUUGUGUGAUAGGGGUAAGCAUUUAAACAAUUCUUGCCCAUUAGAUGGUUUAAACUUUAUAACCAUACCCUGCAUAACAGGGAAGAAAGACAUUUUGGAGUUUCUUCUCAACGAAGGGAUUUGCACUCAAAAUGAUGUAAACACCUUUGUUCAUUUUACUUACCAAUCUGUAACACCAUUAACUGCAGCUUGUAAAUUUGGACACAUUGAUAUAGUGAAUUUAUUGAUUGAAAAUGCAGCAAGCGUCAACUUCCCAGACAAAAAUGGAAACACUCCUCUGGUCGAAAGUUGUUGUAAUGGGCAUGGUCAAAUAGUGAAAGUUUUAAUCGAAAAAGGUGUAAAUUUAGAAGAAAGAUGUUGUUUAGACUUGUUUGAUUACGAUUACAUUCUAGAUACUUAUGAUGAUGAAUAUGGAAAGGAGGGCUGGUCGGCACUUUGGUGGGCAUGUAAAGGAGGCCACUCAUCUAUCGUCUCUUAUCUGAUUGACAAAGGAGCAAAUAUUCACAAUACAAAUAAAGCAGGCAAAACUCCUCUUUGGGCUGCAAUUCAAAGCAGAAAAUUCGAUGUGGUUGCUUUAUUGGUAGAGAAAGGCAUCAAAAUCAAUGAACAAGAUACUUAUGGACGAACACCAAUAUGGUGGGCUUCAAAUGUUGGAAAAGAAGAAAUACUGAACAUAUUUAUCGAUCAUGAUGGAAUGGUUAAUAUCUGUGACCAUAAUGAUAUAUCUCCGUUAUACACCGCGUGUUAUAGGAGCCAUAUUGAUUGCGUAAAGUUAUUGAUAAAUCACGGGGCCAAUGUUAACACAGAACACUUAGUGCAACCUUCGCCUCUUACUGGCGCUUGUUGCGGUAAAAAUAUAGAUUUGAUUUCUCUACUCAUUAGAUCAGGUGCUGAUGUCAACUAUGCUUUCCAGGGUCUGUGUUCUCCACUUUCUAUUGCAACAUGGUCCUCAUUCCAAGAUUGCAUGACCAUUUUGAUAAAAAGUGGUGCUGAAGUCAAUACGACCUUUGAUAACAGAAAAACUGUACUCACCCAAUGCAUCUUUGACCAUCCUAAAGAAGGGGAAAGACUUCGUUUCCUGCUACACGAUCUACAUACAGCGGACGAUGAUUGGUUUCUUUUUCAUCCUGGGGUACUAAAUUCCAAUUUACAUGACAUUAUAUCAGUUUUAAUCAAUUUUGGUUGUGAUCUUAAUGUCCAAGAUGAGCAUGGAUUAACAGCACUUAUGGGUGUUGUCCAGCGCAACCGUGAAUGCACAAAAUUACUUUUAGAACAUGGAGCUUGCGUUAACGCCACGGAUGAAGACUCUCGUUCUGCUUUACAUUAUGCAUGUCUUGCAGAACAUCAUGAGGAGGUUGUCUUACUCAUUGAACAUGGAGCAGAUAUUAAUGCUAGAGAUGAAUCUGGGUUUACACCAUUGUACUAUGCAUGCAAAAGAUUAGAUGUACAGACGCUCGACAUACUUUUAAACAAUGGAGCUGAUGUUAAUGUACGGUUGAAUCAAUUGAUGACAGCCUUGUUUUAUCUUUUAUACAACGCUAUAUUUGAAAAAAGGAAAUUAAUUGAAUAUUUCUUUGAUGAAGACUUGCCAUUAAACGUACUUCUGCAAUAG